AUGGGACUACGCACGGAGCUCAAACACAACCAGGUGCUACGCUCAGACGGCGUUACGCUGAAAGGGAAAAGGUCCCGUUAUUACCAAAGCACCUUGGACUGCUCCCCUCGCCUCACUGAAACGUGCUGCUGCCACCCGCUGGGGAAAGACCAGGCCUGCCCACUCCCGCAGCCCUCCGAGCCUGCGGUGGAGCCAGGUGCACAACCUGCCGUGCACACACGGCCUCCUCCACACGGUGGGCUACGCGUGGCUGUCGGCCUCGCACCCACGGGGCGCCUCUCACACCCGGGGCUCAGCGAAGACGGGCAGGAGCGGGCGCUGACCCUCCGGCCCCGGCUCCCGGAGACCUGGGUGAGACGUGGCUCCAUCCAGGUGCAUCCAGGUGCCGUCUCGGGGUACAGGGAGCUGCGCGGCCCUGUGUGCCUCCCCGGGUGUGCAAUCAUCACAGACAUCAGCUGCCUGACCCUGCGCGAACUCCCAGCCCCGCACGGCGGGCGGAUUUGGGCGGAUUUGAGCUCUGCCUUCCAGCACGCCAGGGAGCAGCCCCGCAGGACGGCACGGCCUCACCCCAGGCCAGCCAAGCCGGUUUCCGGGGUGAGGCGUCCACGCACAGCGCUUCUAGGCUUCAGGAAGAAAAAAGGGGCCCAGCUCGCAGCCGAGCGAAGGCGUGACGAUGAUCUGGACAGGGAGCUCCGACCACGCCUACGGCCCUGCUCACGGAAACCGGCGAGCAGCCACCACGCCAGCGGGUGCGCGGUGCGGGGCCCUGAGCAUCCCUGGGCAGCACCCCGACAGCAGGCCCCGACGGCAGGCCCCGACGGCAGGCUGUCUCCGACCAACAGAGCCAAACACCCUGGACCAGCGGGUGGCAGUGGGACGGCCAGGACAUGCUGGGUACAGCGCAGGAGCAGUGACGGGGGCCCAGAACCAUGCUCACAGUCCAGUCUGCCAUGCCUGCUGCCCUUUCCCAUCCGGUGUCCUUCCCUGUCACCUCCAGGUACGACCCGAUCAGCCCCUGGCUAGUUUCACUGUGCUGAGUCUAUCCUCCUAAUAUCAGAGCCAUCCCAGGCACUCCCAGCUGUACUUCCUGAGCACCAGUGCCGGGGACAGGGGUCUCAGGGAUGAAUUUCUAACCAGUCCCCCAAAUAUGAGAAAUAAAUAAAAAGAAACAAAUGGCAAAAUUCCAUUUGUGUUUUUUUUUUCCCCUUCAGGAAGGUGACUUGGACUCUCCACUAAGUUUUCAAAAAGGCCCUUGAUCCGAAACUGAGCGAGGACCCCACCGUGGGCCCCAAGUACCAGUGAGCACCCCAGGAGCAUCAGAAUAACAGGAGCAAGUCGCACACAUCCUGUAAGCCCAGAUCCCCUAGAUCUGGGGCUGGGCCUUGAACCUACAUUUCUUACAAAAUUACCUAGGUUUUUCUGAUGAGAAGCUAGGUUUCAAAACCCUUUGAUGUUAAGCCAGGAGCCUUCUAACCCAACAGGCAUCAGCAUUCACCCCAUAGCACAGGCACAGCAGAGACAGAACCCACGGCACCGCUCAGGGAGCUGGCACCACAGGGGACCCCACCUGCCUCUGUCCCUCCCGUGACCUGUCCUGCUCCACCUCCGGCCAACGACUCCUGGACUACAAGUGCUUGGUACCUAACUCAUACAGGGUCAGGGACGAGAUGGCCCCGAUCCUCUCCCUCCCCAGCAUCCGCAGAGUGACCGCGGGCCUUCACUACAUCUGCCUCCACCAUCAAUCUGCCUGGUGCUUCUUUCCACUCCACAGCUGUCCAGUUUGGACGUGAACUCACAUAGUCCCCCUGGUUUUCAUCAGUAGCACCUUCCAGCCACGCAGGUGGCUCAAGGUAUCAGAUCAUGGCUCAUCUUUUCUCAUGAGCAGCCUCUGAUCAGUCUUCAUUUGUUCAGUAAAGCACACAGCCAUCCCUGCCCUGUGGCUGCCAUGGUUUUUUUCUAGAAUCUAGAUUCAGUACCACUUCCCUACAGACCAUUCUCAUGUACGCAACGCUCUCUCCCAAGAACCCUGGCACAAGCUUGGAACAAGCCUUACUCAGCACCUUUGAACCCCUUGUAAAGAUAUGAAAUGGGCAGUCAGACAGGCCUGUCCACCCAGAUGGUUCCCACUGCUGACAGCCCUCAGCCCUGGGGACAGCCUGAGACCCCGGGCACCCAGGGACCUGGGGUUCCUGGAACAGAGCAUCAGGCUUGGUGGGAUGCUGCCCAGAAGAGCACCAGGCACAUGACCCCUGCUCCCCUACCACUCCGUCAGGCCAGCUCCGCCAGGACUGACCCCAGAGUCUGUCUCAAAACAAUCCUUGCAGGCACUGCCUUGACACAAAGACACACGGCAGGCCGGGGUCUCCCAACACCUGCUUCUUCAAGACAAUCCUUUCUAUUUUUUGUUAAGAUUUUUUUUGUUAGGGAUCCCUGGGUGGCGCAGCGGUUUGGCGCCUGCC